AUGCAUAUGCAUCGACCUUUGCCUAGAUUUGAAAAAUGCGCGAGAGAUACGGGUACAAAAUUAGAAGCACAACACACAAUUAAAGCAAAACGUGAUAAGAAAAGAAGAAUUAAUGAAAUGAAAUGGACGAAUCAGAUUAAAUUAAUGUUUAUAAUUCAGCAAUGGUCCGAUAAAGAGGUCUUGGCGAAUAAUCAUCUUAUUGAAAUUAUGUAA